AUGCUGGUAGCCCCGAUAAAUAUCGGGGCCCGAGCCGUCACCGGCGCCGGGUCCGUGGUGACUAAAGACCUGCCGGAGGGCGCGCUGGCGUUCGGUGUUCCGGCGCGAGAAAAGCCGAGGAUGGAAGGCUGCUAG